AUGGACCUUUCCCCGCUGGCGAUGGUGAGCCCCUGCGACUGCACCGUCUCCGUCUUGGGGGAGGUUUGCGGCGACAGAGUCCCUCAACUAAUGUACUGCGUGCUGCACCUGGCCCCACACCACUACCACCACUUCCACGCCCCCUGCGACUUCACCCAAACUGUGCGGAGGCACAUGCAUGGAGAGUGUUUGCCGGUCUUCAGGUCUUUCCUUUCCAAGUUCAACGACAUAUUUAGCGUUCAAGAAAGAGUUGUCCUCAGCGGCUGUUGGAAAGGAGGGGCUCUUCACAUUGCUGCUGUUGCUGCUUGCAAUGUGGGAGAUAUUCGCCUUGAUAGAGAACCUGACUUGAGGACGAACCAAGACCGCGUGGUGCUGAGGCACUUGGGAGGAGACGUGGACAUCCGCACAUACAGAGGCAAACCCUAA